CAGGACAGAAAUAAAACAUUAUGUUUGUAGACCUAGUCUAGAAAAUAGUUUAGAUCUAGAUCUAGAUUUAAUGGUAGUCUGUUUACUAUAUAAUCUAAAUCUAUCUAGUCUAGUAAUUUGGUAUAAGUAAAGAAAUUGAAAUAUAUCUCCUAGUCCAACAUGGGCAAAGAAAAACCAGGUUUUUUGACUCCAAAGGCCAUAGCCAAUAGAAUCAAGGCAAAGGGGCUUCAGAAACUACGGUGGUAUUGUCAAAUGUGCCAAAAGCAAUGUAGAGAUGAGAAUGGUUUUAAAUGUCAUUUGACAUCUGAAUCACAUCAAAGGCAACUUUUGUUAUUUGCAGAAAAUCCAGAUAAACACAUAGAUAGCUUUUCAAAAGAUUUUGAAACAGAAUAUUUAGAGCUGUUAAGACGUAGAUUUGGAACAAAACGUGUCCAUGCUAAUCUGGUUUAUCAAGAAUAUAUCUCAUUCAGAGAACAUGUUCACAUGAAUUCGACCCAGUGGGAGACUCUGACUGACUUUGUCAAAUAUCUAGGGAAAGAAGGAAAAUGUGUUGUGGACUACACUGAGAAAGGCUGGUUUAUCACAUACAUCGACAGAGACCCUGAAACUAUUCGCAGGCAGGAGGCUGUCAAAGCUAAAGAGAAAAUGGAUGCAGAUGACGAUGAAAAGAUUGCCAAGUUUAUUGAGCGACAGAUUGAAAGGGCGAAAGAAAGCGGUACAGAGAAAGAAGAGCACCAGUGCACGGAGCUCAAGAGAGAGGAUGAAAGUGAAAAAAUUGUUUUGACCCUGAACACAACAAAGAAAGCAGAUCCUGGGAUUAAAAAAAUAGAACCAAGCACAUUAAACAAUCCAUUGAUGUUAGUGGACAAAGUGUCAGAAAAGUCGAAGAGUGUCACCUCCAGCUCCCAUAAAACAGAGAAAAGAAAAACAAAAACUGCAUUAGAGGAAAUUAUGGAGGUGGAGGAGAAGAAAAAAGAGAAAAUCAAUCGCAAAGAUUAUUGGCUGUGUCCCAACAUUGUGGUGAAAGUGGUACACAAAAAACUGGGAGAAAAAUAUUACAAGAAAAAGGCCGUAGUGAAGGAAGUGAGAGACUUGUAUACUGGUAUCAUUAAAAUGCUAGAUAGUGGUGAUAAACUGAAGGUGGAUCAGAGCCAUGUGGAGACUGUUAUACCAGCUAUAGGUAAAACUGUGAUGGUGGUCAAUGGAGCUUACAGAGGAGAGGAAGCCACACUAGAAGCUAUAGAUGAAAAAAACUUUUCUUGUACAAUAACUAUUAAACACGGCUUAGUGGCAGGCCGAGUUGUGUCAGGAGUUCAGUAUGAAGAUAUCUGUAAGCUGAAUUCAGAGUCAUGACAAAAAUGGGGAACAGAUUCUUUGUCUCUGGUUUACAUGCAUAUUAAGAACUAUGAACAACAGCACAUUAUAUCUUAUCACCAUAACAUGAGCCAGUUUUCAUGGCCCACAGAUGUAUAAUGUAUGACUUUGAGUCCAAUCUUAUGGAGAAAUAACAAUAAGUUAUUUCACCUUUGACCUCUCUGAAUGGCAUGACAAGUUUAAUUUUGGACAUUGAUUGGAAACAUGCCUCCAUCAAGCACUUCGAUUUUGGUCUUUUUUUCUUUAUACAUUUUAUACUUAGAGUAAUGUAUUGCUCUGUGUUGUAAAAAAACUCAAAAAAACAAUCUAUAUGGUGUCCAUUUCAUUUCUCUUAGGAAAGGGAGAGAACUACCUGUGCUGUCUCAAAUUUCUAUGUAAAUUUGUUGAACUUGUUUUAUGAUGUAACCAAUUGUAUUUGUAUGGGACAUAUUUUCAUAUGAAAGUGAAAUCACUCCGCCACUCCAGUCAAUAGUAAAUUGUGUUACCAUGUCCCGGUUUGUUUUGUGAUCAUUUGGGAAUGAGAUGUGCACACAAAAUUAAAAAAAAUGAUUUUAAAAUGUUUGCUUUUAAAUUUCUAGACAUAAAUUAUAUUCUUGUAAUUGUCUUGCACAGGCAAUUAAAGUGUGCUGCAGCAUAUUAUUUUAUCAUUCAAUACGGACAGAAUUUUUAGUUGAGAAGAGGAGAAACUUGAUUGCCAUCUAACAUCUUGGGCUAGAACUUGGUCUGAGAAACACUGGAAGGGGCACUUUUGCAAAUGGAAGUCCUGUUAGGUUUGUGUUCUUAAGACAACCUGAAGGUAGAGAGGGACACAGAUUGUGAACCUCAUAGAAAAGUGUAUACAGAGGCAGCGACAGUGAAACUUGUAGGCAAUAUUUGAAGACCAAGACUUACCAAUGUUUGUGGGGUUCACCCGUCAAUUAACAUCAAUCAUCCUUGCCUUUGUUGAGUUGCCUCCUUUAGAUUUAUAACCAUAUUAUAUACCUACAUUGAUUUACCUAUUUUAAGACUUUUUUUUUAAAGAGAUCCAGUACCUUAAUGGCUUUUAGGCUACUCAUUCUCAAUAUGCCUUUUAAACAAUUGGUUUAUUUAAUCUCUACAUGGCUUUGGCUUUUUUUCUUCAAAUUAAUGAUCAGAUGAUUAAAAAAAUGUUUAUAUAAUUAUUGCAUCUCCUUUCCCCCUAUAAUGGUUUCGAUUUUUUUUUUUUUAGAUUUUUGUUGUAACUAUUUUUUUCCCACACUUUUAUUUUACUUCACCUAUCAUUCUGUCUAUUAAGAAUCUUAGAUAACAGUGGAAUUCAAACCCACUCCAAAAAAAGGAACAGGUUUAUGAACCAACACAUCACUGAAUUUUUGGUUCACCUAUUUCAAAGCUCCUAUAAAAAAUAAAAAUUGAUUUUGUGUUAGCAGAAACAAAAAUUAAUUAGGCUGUUUUUAUUUUACAUUAAUGAUGCAUAUAACUUCUUAUACAUUUUUAGUGGUCCAAAUGUUUGGCAGCACACAAAAAAACAGAUCAUUUUGUAUUAUGUGUUGCUGUGUGCAAAGAUUGCUAUUUUCUAUGUGUUAAAAACUCUACCAUUUUCAUCUCGAAAUUUCCUAAUUCUCUGAA